UCGGCUCACGUGACCGGCGGGCGCGGCGCUGCUCACGUGACAGGCGCUGCCGGCCUCAGGGUCUCUUCGGUGCCGGCGCCGCAGCUGCCGGUCCUCUCGAGUCGGUGGACGCGCCUUCCCGCCGGCCCCGCCGCCCGCGCAACCGCCGCACCCCGGCCUCGGCUGCGUCGUGCCAUGGCGGCCCCUGGCGCCCGGCGGCCGCUGCUCCUGUUGGUGCUGGCAGCAGGCCUUGCACAUGGUGCCUCGGCAUUUGUGGUGGAAGAUGACAAUGGCACGGCUUGUAUAAUGGCCAACUUCUCUGCCUCCUUUCUCAUCACCUAUGAGACUGAACAUGGUUCUCAGAAUUCGACCAUUUUCCUGCCGCCCUCUGCAGAAGUGCUGAAAAAUAGCAGUUCUUGUGGUGGAAAAAAUGCUUCUGAACCCAGACUCGCAAUUGCUUUUGAAAGAGGAUAUUUACUGAAGCUCAACUUCACAAGAGAUGCAACACGUUACAGUGUCCAGCACAUGUAUUUUACUUAUAACUUGUCAGACACACAACAUUUUUCCAAUGCCAGCACCAAGGGGAUCUACACUGUGGACUCCGUAACUGACAUCAAGGCAGACAUCAAUAAGACGUACCGAUGUUUUAGUGCUAUCCAGGUCUACAUGGGCAACGUGACCAUCACACUCCUUAAUUCCACUAUCCAGGCCUACCUGCCGAAUGGCAACUUCAGCAAAGAAGAGACACGCUGCACACAGGACGGGCCUUCUCCAACCACUCUGCCACCCAGCCCCUCGCCACCACCUGUGCCCACAAACCCCAAUGUGUCCAAGUACAAUGUGACUGGUGACAACGGAACCUGCCUGCUGGCCUCUAUGGCACUGCAGCUGAACAUCACCUACUUGAAGAAGGACAACAUGACUGUAACCAGAGCGUUCAAUGUCAACCCAAGUGACACGUAUAAUGGGAGCUGCAGUGUUCAAAUGGUGACCCUGAAAGUGGGGAACAAGAACAGUGUCCUGGAGUUGCAGUUUGGGAUGAAUGCCAGUUCCAGACUGUUUUUCCUGCAAGGAGUCCAGUUGACUAUGACUCUUCCAGAUGCCAUAGAGCCCACAUUCAGCGCCUCCAACCAUUCACUGAGAGCUCUUCAGGCCACUGUUGGAAACUCCUACAAGUGCAACACUGAGGAGCACAUUUAUGUCACUGAGGUGUUUUCCCUUAACGUCUUCAGCAUUCAGGUCCAGGCCUUCAAAGUUGAAAGUGACAGGUUUGGGUCUGUGGAAGAGUGUAUGCAGGAUGGUAACAACAUGCUGAUCCCCAUUGCUGUGGGUGGUGCCCUGGCAGGGCUGGUCCUCAUCGUCCUCAUCGCCUACCUCAUCGGCAGGAAGAGGAGUCACGCUGGCUAUCAGACCAUCUAGCCUGGUGGACAGGUGCACCACAGGCUCACAGGGGCCUAUUCUCAUGUCCCUGAGCUUAGAUAGGUGUGGAAGGGAGGCACACUUUCUGGUAAACUGUUUUCAAAUCUGCUUUAUCAAAUGUGAAGUUCAUCUUGCAACAUUUACUAUGCACAAAGGAAUAACUAUUGAAAUGACGGUGUUAAUUUUGCUAACUGGGUUAAAUAUUUUGCUAACUGGUUAAAUGUUAAUGUUACCAAAGUAGAGCUCUAAGGAGGACAAGAAGGCUUUUCAGAAUCGGCACGGGCUCCACUCAUUUGACUUUUUAAGAUUUGGUAUUUGGUUUCUUCAUUCUUUUACUCAGAUUUAAGCCUUACAAAGGGAAUCUCUUUGAGAAGGUCCAAACACUUGGGCCUGUUGAGGGUGGCUGAUCGUUAGGUUGCACACUUCAGAAGCUAGAACUCGAAGCAGGGGAGUCCUGCUGCACAGGCACGCACAGCAUCAACCUUUGGACACUUAGCUUGGGCUGCCUGGCCUAGGGGGCUGGAAUGUGGCUGGGGCAUAACCACCAGUGUUUCUGUGUUCUGCCACCAAUGAGCUAGCACUUUUCUAAAUAGAAAAUGGCAUUAUUUUUAUUUACUUUUUGUAAAGUGAUUUCCAGUCUUCUGUUGGCAUUCAGGGUGGCCCUAUUUCUGCACUGUGUCCAAUAGUAGAUUCACACUGCUGACCUGUCCUGAGGCAUAGGUGGGUUGCACACUGAGCAUCAGCUCAUGGAACGCAUUGCCUGUAACGAUGCUAAUAAAAAGUCUCCUUCUU